AUGCCCGUCCACAUUGAUUUAGUGUCACGUCUCUCCAGAGUCCCCCAGACGGAGUACAGCUCCAUGAGCAGGAACACACAGUUGGCAGCAUUAGGCGAACCACGCAGGUUUGACCCAACUUUCAGAGGGCCAGUUGCCAACAGAAGUUGCACAGAUGUGCUCUGCUGUGUGAUCUUCAUCAUACUCAUCCUCGGCUACAUCGCAUUGGGUACAGUAGCCUGGAUUCAUGGGGACCCAAGGAAAGUGAUUUACCCCACAGACAGCUCAGGCCAGUUCUGUGGGCAGAAGGGCACACCUAACGCGAAAAAAGCCAUACUCUUCUAUUUCAACAUCCUCAAAUGUGCCAGUCCUGCAGUCCUCAUUAACCUCCAGUGCCCUACCACUCAGAUGUGUGUUUCCAAGUGCCCGGACAGAUUCGCCACCUACACAGAUAUGCAGUUCCAUUACGCUUUCAACAGGAGCUAUUGGGAAUAUUACAAGCAGUUCUGUAGGCCUGGAUUUAAUAACCCAAAAAAGGCAAUCGCACAGGUGCUUCGAGAUGAAGACUGUCCAUCAAUGAUUGUGCCAAGCAGACCGUUUUUGCAGCGUUGCUUUCCAGACUUCAUCACUAGGAAUGGCACUCUAACUGUCGCCAAUAAAACUGCCUUCAAAGAUGCUCUGGACACUGCAAGAAGCGUGACUGAACUUAGGGAUGCUGCAAAUGGUAUCACAGGGAUGCUAGAUGCUAAAGAAGUGGGCAUGAAGAUUGUUGAGGAUUAUGCCAGCUCCUGGUACUGGAUUUUAAUAGGUCUGGUCAUUGCUCUUGUGGUCAGUCUGAUAUUCAUUCUGCUGCUGCGAUUCACUGCUGGUUUUCUCCUCUGGUUCAUCAUCCUCGCUGUUAUUGUGGUGGUGGCUUACGGUAUUUGGCACUGUUACUGGGAGUUUACAGCACACAAGGAGAAACCUGGUGCAGACGUCACCAUCUCAGACAUAGGCUUCCAGACUGACGUCCAUGUCUACCUCCAGCUCAGUCAGACCUGGCUCAUCUUCUUGGUGUCUCUGGGCGUAACUGAAGCUGUCAUUAUUCUAAUGCUAAUUUUCCUGAGGAAAAGGGUGCGCAUCGCUAUCGCUCUGCUCAAGGAAGGCAGCAAGGCCAUCAGCUGCAUCAUGUCUGCUCUGUUCUACCCCAUCAUUACUUUCAUGCUCCUGGCUGUCUGUAUCUCCUACUGGGCCGUCACAGCUGUCUUUCUGGCUUCGUCUGGUGAAGCGGUCUAUAAAGUGAUGUCAGCACAGCCCAGCUGCGUGUAUGCCAACCGUACAUGCAAUCCUGAAACCUUCAACCAGACCAACAUCACUCGGCUGUGUCCAGGGGCUAAGUGUCUGUUUGCUUUCUACGGCGGCGAGAGUUUGUACCACCGCUACCUCUUCAUCCUCCAGCUGUGUAAUUUGCUCAUCUUCUUCUGGCUCGUCAACUUCACCAUCGCCUUGGGCCAGUGCACUCUCGCUGGGGCCUUUGCCUCUUACUACUGGGCCAAGAGGAAGCCAGCGGAUAUCCCUGUCUGCCCCGUCUUCUCCUCAUUCGCCAGAGCUAUACGGUAUCAUACCGGGUCUCUGGCGUUUGGAUCACUGAUUUUGGCGUUCGUUCAGUUCAUCCGAGUUGUUCUGGAGUACUUGGACCACAAUCUGAAAGGGGCUCAGAAUAUGUUUGCACGUUUCCUUCUCUGCUGUCUGAAGUGCUGUUUCUGGUGCCUGGAGCGUUUCAUCCGCUUCAUGAACAGAAAUGCUUACAUUAUGAUUGCAAUAUAUGGGAAGAACUUCUGUACUUCAGCACGGGAGGCGUUCUUCUUGCUGAUGAGGAAUGUUGUGAGGGUGGCAGUGUUGGACAAGGUUACCGACUUCCUGCUCUUCUUGGGGAAAGUUCUGAUAGCAGGGAGUGUAGGGGUCAUCGCCUUCUUUUUCUUCACACGCAAGAUACCCAUCAUUCAAGAAGAAGUUCCAGUCUUAAAUUAUUAUUGGGUACCUUUGCUGACAGUCGUGCUUGGGUCCUACUUGAUCGCUCAUGGUUUCUUCAGUGUCUAUGCGAUGUGUGUGGACACACUCUUCCUCUGUUUCUGCGAAGACCUAGAGAGGAACGAUGGGACACCAGACAAGCCUUUCCUCAUGUCCCCUGGCCUGCACAGAAUUCUGGGAAAGCCUGAGCAGAGCCCAAAAAAGUAUCGGUCAUAA